AUGAUGCACACCUUACUCAUUUGCAAUUUCGCCGCCGUGGCGGCGGCUUUCUUUGCACAGGACAAGAUGACGCUUGCCAGCGAAGCCAGGCUUCCAGCACGUGCCACAGGCCUCCUGCAGGCGACGGUGAACGGGGAGCGCAACCCCUCGCUGCAAGACCACCGGAGCCAGGCGAGCUCGCUGGUGGAGACGGUGGAGGGCAUGUUCUCGGAGAGCCGAGCUGACACAGCUGGUCUGCUGAUAGUGGCGAGCUUUCUCUUCGCCACAGUGGCGGCGGCGCUGUACCUUUGGGCGCCCAAAAUGGAGAAGACCGAGAGCGAGAAGGCGGCGGUUGUGCAGGAAGCGGCAGAGGAGUCUGCGCCUGAUACCUCAGAGGUGCUGAGCUCGGCCGAGCAGCGGGCGGAGGCGGCAAUGCAGGACUUCGAGUCCUUGGCCAAGACGCUGGUGCAGUCGGUGGCGCAGAAGAUCGGGCCCAAGCUCGCCAAGGGCCAGGCUGUGCGCGGCAUCCUGGAGUCGCGGCUCUAUCAGUUCCCAGACAAGGCGAAGACCUUCCUGAUGAAUGAGUUGAAUAGCACAGCUGGCGCUGUGAUGCGGGCCGUGGAGGCAGAGGAGGCGAUGAUUUUGUUGGAUCUGGACAACGCCCUGUCCUUGAACUUUCCGCCGGUACCGCUGGCGUGUUUCCUCCACGACACCUUUGGCCUGGAGCAAUUGGAGGGCACGGGCCAACCAUAG